CACAAAAAAGAUUUAAAAGAGUUAAUAAAUGAAAAUGAAGAUAAACCAGUUGAAGUUGCUAUUGAAGUUAUUGAAAAAUGGAAAAAGAAUGCUAAAGACUUUUCUAAGGCAUUAGAUAUAGCUGAAGAAUGA